AGGGCCGGUUCCUCAUUUUUAUGGGCUUCAUCACGACUUACACAAAGACGAAAUUAUACCAUCCUCGAAAUUCCUAUCCGUCGAUUCCGCGCUAUGGUUGCCUGUGACUUGUUGUUUGGCCUUAUCACGCUCUUGUUGUCUCAUAUUCCAGUCCAGGCUUUGGUACUACCCGCCAACCAGCACCCGACAUUUAUAGGCAUACGUGACGAUGUGAGCCGUACAACGCGCGAUUUACCACGACUAGAAUCAGAGCUCUACUAUUACCACCUUCCACGAUCUGCUUUGGCCCUCCCCAAUGAUCGUCAAGAUUUGCGUAUACUCUCCAUUGAGCAAUCGUUAGGAUCAAGACAUCAGGACACGUCCGGAAGCGAUAAAAUACAUCCACCAAGCAAGUCGACGGCUGACGGCCGUAGCCUAACCAAUAGCCGUCGUCAACUCCCUACAUCCUCGUUGAACAAAGGGACAGCGGAUUUUCUGAAACGUCUGAAAUUUGGUCAAAGUUCACUGUCUAGUGGCGUUCAGGUACUUACGUUCGCACUGAAUCAGCAACAAGGCCAAUCAACCACGAAUAAACCGGGGACUCAGAAACAAAUUGCGCAGAAAUCUAAGCAAAGCCUACGGAAAGCGGCUGGAAGGGGACGAAAAUCUCAAAGACACGGUAGGCAAGGGUGAAAGUUUUGAGAACAGGAAUGGUGGUGGUAGCGACGUUUCGGAUAAUUUCAGCGAGCGCAUGUGAAGCAGAGCUGCUGUAUUCGGCUGAUGGGCUUGGACCACGGAGCGAUUCGUAGAGAAACAAGUUUCAUACCGGUAGUGACGAUCUUAUGAGCAUGGACGGUGCUCAUUUUGUUGUGUGUGCCGUUUACGAUGGCGGAGGGCUUUACCCUCUGUACACCGCGGUUUCUUCGAUUACAUUCCAAAUAGUCGUUCUGCCGA